AUGAAAAUCAUGUAUAAUCCCUCCAAGAACGAACAGUGCGCAACGAUACAGGUGCUGAAAGACAACCAAGCCGUCCGCGUCGAUAACACCAUUUACGUUAGCGGCUCGCUAGGGUUAGACCCUAAAACUGGAGAGUUGAAGGAAGGCAUCAAAGAGCAGGCCCAUCAAUCACUCAAGAAUAUUGGUGAGAUACUGAAAGCAGCUGGAGUUGGAUAUGGAAACGGUAUGUUGUUGUUUAUAAUAGCCUAA